AUGCCAGCUCGUAUCCCCCAAGCGCUCUCACGCGUAGUCCCCGCUUUCCCCCACGCUCGGCAAACCCUCCGCGUCCCACCACAACCAUUCACCUUCAUCUCACCUCCCUCAACACCCGCAAGACUGUCCGAACAUUUACUUCGCCAAAAGUUACCCUCUCCAACCUUCCGAUCCGUUUUCCAAGUUCGCAAUAUGUCUUCUGCGCCUGCUAAGAGGGAGUUCCUUUGCAUUCUGCCUGAUAAGCCAGGUGCACAGGCUAAGCGUCUUGAAGUCCGGCCGUUGCACCUCGAAGGCGUCAAGCCGCACGUCGCAUCUGGAACUAUUGUUGCAGGUGGCGCUAUGCUCAACGCCCACCCCGCUGACGGCGAAAUCCCCUCGUUCAAGGGAAGCAUGAUGAUGGCUGUUGCAGAGAGCGAGGCUCAGGUUCUUGAGCUGCUCAACAGUGAUAUUUAUGUCAAGAGUGGCGUGUGGGAUAUGGAGAAGGCGCAGAUCAUUCCGUUCAAGUCUGCUGUUCGUGAGGCUCUGUGA